UGUGAAGUAUAAUCACAAGACCUAUUACUACAAAACUGACAUGAAUCACCUGCGGGAUCAUAUUCGAGAACAUGUUAUCACAAAACCAAAAUCUUCUCUGAAACCACAUGUAUGCAACAAUAAGAAAAAAGGCAUAAAGUCAUUAAUUGCCUCAUCAUUUCAAGUAGCUAACAAAAUUACAACUGAGAAAAAAACUCGAACAUUUUCGGAACUUCGUUAUGCAGAAGAGGAGGAUGAAGCAUCAGAAGAAGAUGAAGAAAAACAUCCCAGAGCACUGGAAAGCAAUUUGAGCAAAUCUAUUAGUGUAGCAACCUUUAAAAAACUGCAAAGUAGAAGACGAAUCAGAGUUGUUGCAGUAUUCCCUGAACAGGAGUCAUCUCAACACGCUUUACAAGACUUACAUAAUGUUUGUAAGAGUUUGGACACAGAACUUACAGAAAUAAAGUUUGAGAAUCUGGAUUUUGGUGAAUAUAAUGUUUUAGAUACUUUUUAUAAUGCUGACGUCUGCGUCGUCGACGUUUCAGUCUUUGCUGAAAGUGCAUCGUUGUUUUACCAUAUGGGUGUGCGUGAAAGUACUGGGAUGAAGGAUAACAUGGUUAUAGUAGUUGAUGAGUCGCAUGAAAAGACUAAUAGUUUAAAGCUUACAUGUACAAGCCAUUUAUUUUUCGCAUAUCAAAUUAAUGCUGAUGACAAGUGUAUUGUGACAACUACUGGUGGUCCUGCUGGAAAGGAACCAAUGCCACGUACAUUGUAUCUAGCCUUUCAAAAAAAUUUGCGCAAUGUGCAGGGCACAACUAAAGCCAAAUGCAAAGAGAUAUUCCUUCGAGACUUAAGGAUAGCAAUGGAAAGUAAAACAGGUCCUGAAUUAAAACAGGAACUUGACAGAAUGAAGAAAGUUGUUGGAGAGCCAGCUUUGUUUACCUCUGACAUCAUUCUCAGUAUACUUUAUUCAUACAGAAAUAUCCAGGAUUACGAUUCAAUGAUACAAAUCGUGGAAGGAGUACCUGAAGACCAUGUUGAGAUUCAAAACAAGGCAGUACAGCAACUUUAUGCAUUCGCCUUGAACAGACGAGGUGGCAAAAACGACAGAGACAAAGCAUUAAAAGUUGCACUUAAGCUAAUCAAAGAUAAGGACCAGAGUCCUCCAGAUUUGCUUUGUUUGGCAGGACGCAUCUACAAGGACAAGUAUUACGACUCUGUCUACACUGAUUCAACUUGUCGAGAUGAAGCUAUAAAAUGGUACAAGACAUCUUUUGAGCUGCAGCCAUCAGAUUUCUCUGGUGUUAAUCUAGCUAUUUUAUUAAUAGCAGCUGGUCAUGAGUUGAGUAAAUCAGAAGAAUUACAACGUGUUUGCAUGACUCUUAAUGGCCUAAUUGGCAGACGUGGUCGUUUACAGUCUUUAACAGAAUACUGGAUUGUGGGACGGUUUAUCCUUAUAAGUGUGUUGGCUCAAGAUUCAUCAAGAGCUUGUUUAGCUGCAGAGAAAAUGUUCAAACUAAACCCUCCAGCAUGGUAUCUGCGAUCUAUUGUAAAGGAUCUGAUGCUGUUACGCAAUAUGGAUAAUUGUGCCAACAAUCUCAAGUUUAAUAAAGAUAAAAAACAUAAAUUUUGGGUGGAAUAUAUCUGGGAAGCAUCAAAGGAAGAGGAGAUUACUGAUACAAGAUUUCCUGUCCUUAUAUUAGAUCCUGGAAAUGACUACGUGCCCAGUUAUGUUACUGUAAACGUGAACACAGAAGAAAGCCAGAGUGAAUCUGUUCAGUUGUGGCAUGCUUCACCUGAGUGCAACCAUAUUCAUGAUGGAGACAUGUGCAAGAGAAUACAUUCAUGGUCAUUUCCUUCAAAUGAAAUUCGUGGAAUGAGCACGUUCAAGAAAGAUCCACGUUGUUUAUUUCUGUAUGUUCAUACAAACUCAGAUGACUUCCAGCUCUUCUUUUGCACCCCACAGCACAGAAAAAGAUUUCAUGACUUGGUAAGCCAGCUGUCCAAUUCUGCUACAAUACUUGAUAGAAUUGAUGGGCAGGUAGAUGCAGAGGACCAGGAUGAGUUGCAAUAUGAAUAUGAGUAUGAAGAUGAUGGGCAAAGAGUUGUGCUUGGUCGUGGUUCAUUUGGUGUUGUUUAUGCAGCCCGUGAUAUUUCAACUAAUGUCAAAUUGGCAGUAAAAGAAAUACCUGAAAGGGACACAAGUCAAGUGCAACCACUUCACGAAGAGAUUGCUUUGCACCGAGCCAUCUGUCACAAGAACAUUGUAUGCUACAUCACCUCCCGUAGUGAAAGUGGUUACUGCAAAAUAUUCAUGGAACAAGUUCCUGGAGGGAGUCUUUCAUCUUUGAUUCGGGAGAAGUGGGGUCCACUUAUAGACAAUGAAAGUGCCAUGUCAUUUUAUACUCAACAAAUUAUUGAAGGUGUACGGUACCUGCAUGGUCAGAAGAUUGUCCACAGAGAUAUUAAAGGCGACAAUGUGCUAGUUAACACUUACAGUGGCUGCUGUAAACUCUCUGAUUUUGGGACCUCUAAACGAUUGGCUGGAAUUAAUCCCCACACCAAAACCUUCGCUGGUACUAUGCAGUUCAUGGCUCCUGAAGUUAUCGAUCAAGGUCAACGUGGCUAUGGCCCUCCUGCUGAUAUAUGGAGCAUAGGCUGUACCGUGGUUGAAAUGGCUACUGGUAAGCCGCCAUUCUUUGAGCUGGAGCCUGAAGCUGCCAUCUUCAAAGUAGGAAUGUUCAAGACGCAUCCAGACAUUCCUGAGGUAGCGUCUGAAGAUUGUGUCAAGUUUUUAAAAAGGUGUUUUGAUCCCAACCCAGCUGCAAGAGCAAGUGCUGAUGAUUUGUUGUUGACUCCGUUUAUUGUCUUGAGAAAUAAAAAAAAGAAGAAGAAAGAUUCUAACUUAAAAGUUCAGAUUCCUCCUCAAAGACUAAUAUCAGAUCCAGGUGUGCCAGCUUCUUCAUCUCCACCUAGUGAUGACUCUGGAGUGGCUUCCAAUCAAUCUGAAUCACCGAAAGAUCUUGUAUCAAGUAACAUGUUUCAACCCGAAGGUGCAAAAACUCCUGAUAUGUCUAAGAAAAUAACAAGAAAACACAAGCUGUUUCCUCGAGUUAACAGCGAACCUGUUAAAAGACAUCCAAUGGACAGCCCAAUGUCGGAUUCUACGAAUUUAUUGUUUUCGAGUCACACAGGUUCAAACGAUGACUUUUAUAUGGUCAACCAGGAGCACGAACGCAAGUCGAUGUUAUUAAAAUCAAUGAAAACUCACAAGCGGAAGAUAUGUGAGAAGUGGAUGGGAAAAGUGGAAGAAUUACGAGGCUAUUCUUGUAUUGGUGAAACUGGUUUCAAUUAUUUGUUGGAAGCACUCAUUGAAUACUUAGAACAACCGAACAACGUGGACAUCAAAUCAUUCAUAGGCCCGAUUCAACGCGAUCAUGGUGGCGAAGAAAGCGUACUGCGUGACAUUCAGAUUGCUUUUCUUGUAGUAGCUGAAUGUAUAUCUGAUAUUGUUAAAGAACACCUAAAUGUUUUGCCUCAUUGGAUGUUUGCAAUAGACAACCUGAUUAGAACGGCUGUAAAGCGAACGAUCGACGACGUCAACAGCGAAAUGAAAGAAGCAGUGUGUGACGCCAGUGACGCUGGCAGCGUGACGGGAGCAGGUGACACGACACCAAUAAGUGAACGCAGACAUGUGAGGUUUCUGUCAAGGGACAGCAGCGUUGUUUCUGAAGAUAAACUCGCAAUGAUAUCGAAAGUGCAAAUCUUGUCUGAUGAAAACGCUGAGUUAAUGUACGAGCUGGCAGAUCUUCACGCUUCAUUUAACAAACUGUUGCAGAGCAACCUUGUGACAUACAACACACUCGUCAAUACGUACAGUAAACUGAACGAAAAACCAACGCCCGAUACAACAGACGCGCCUAAUGAGUUAGCUCUAAUCUCGCAAUUUUACUUCGUAGAAGCUGGAGAAGAGCGUGAUGAAGCAUUGCCAAAAUGGUUGAAAUCUUUAAAUGUACCGGAUGCCGAUGUUGAAAAGUUCUCUAGAAACCAUUGUACGCUGAGUGAUGUCCAAAAUCUCUUAGAUCUUGAUGAUUUAAAGGACCUCAAAAUUAGCAUCGGCCCGCGUGCUCGUAUUUGGAGCGCUAUGCGUAUGCAUCGUGAAAACGUGACUGCUAUUUAGAGCAAGUCAACACAGGUGGCUGCGUCAUCAAAAUUUCCUUUUCACGUCGUGGAAGGCUUUCCACUUGCAGGAUCUUCAUCAUUCAGAAAUACGCAUUGGAUGUGCGGAAUAGUACGUUCCCUCCGAGAUGAAUUUUUCUCUACUGUUUCUCAGAAACACAUGGAAAUGCUGGUUCAUUUCAACGCUAGAAAGCGAUUAACUGGCAAAUUUUAUUCGCGCAUGUUUGACCACGAAAAAACCACCGGCGUAGACAAUUAUUGUGCACAUUCGAUUUUUUUUUAAAUUGUAAAAAGUGAAUUUCUAAUUCCACGCUUCUGUUGUUUUUCUGUUUUUUUUAUUAACAAUUUUAAAUUUAUUUUUUAAGCUAAAAAACAAUGAAGAGUGUUUUGUUUACUUAACAUUUCAUCUACUGUAAAUUACAAUAAAAGAAACUUAGCCUUAUUCGGAUCGGAAAAGAAAGAAGUGUAAUUGGAAGCUAAAGCGGGAAAAGAAAGUCUAAGCAAAAAGCUAUAAAAUUGUAAUUUUUUUUAAAAUAAUUUUUAUCUAGCAAAUAGUUCUUAGCUUUAACUUUUUCCGCGUGUUAGAAUUUUUUAUCAGUACGUGUGAACUAAAAUGGAGACAAACGCAGUUUAGCAUUCUUUCCGUCACUCAAAUCCAGCUUUUUAUCUUCUAAGAAGAAUUUUGUUAGAAUUUAUAGUAAUUUUUUUAUCAUUUUUAUGGGUGUUUUAAUUAGGGUACAAACGAUGGUCCUUCUGAGUAAACGAGAAAUCAAUAAGCAUGUCGCGUGAAAAAGUUAGUAGUGAGGACAAGACUAUUUCGACUGCGUUUCCCAAAGCUUCUCAUAUAUGUUUUGUUUCAAUAUGACGGGUCGUUUUCACCUAAACUAUUUAUUCUUCCCGAGUUUUCUUUGUUUUUGUCAUUAGAUGAAACCCAACCUCUGCCCCGCCUCGUCCAUUGACUCUGUUUUUAAAACAGUCUAACAGUUUAAAGUAAGUAAAAAAACACAGGUCCUGGGUUCAUGUUUGUUUGUUGACGGGAUUAACUUAACAAUUCCAACAUUUUGAAAUAUUUAUAUAGAGAUAAAGAAGCGCUUUCGUGGUAUUUUUUUAAAUUUUUGUGGAAAAAAAGAUGAAUAAAAAAUUCAG